AUCUUUUCUCAGACUCGUGUGCUCGCGGAAUGCACUGUACCAUUGGUUGAGCUCCUCAUCCCACCUUUUUGCAUCUGUCGUGACUUCAAUUUCAAAGCUGUGAGGGGAAUGACAUUUGAUGGAUCUGCACUGAUUCGAAUUGAUUUGGGAAGCCGCGAUAGAAAGUUAAUGGAGAAGCUAAAGGAACUAAGAGAUCCUUUAUUAGAAUCGACCUAUGUGAUUCAUGGUGUUAGCACUGAAAAACUCGCCGAAGCUCCUUCAAGAGAUUGCCUGCAGUUUCAAACUGGUGAAAAUAGACCUCCAUCCAAGCAUUUAUCACCUCGUGGAGUUGCCCCAAAAAUUGGUGCACUACCUCUGCAUGAAAGGAUUCCGUCAAACCUUAGCGAUACAUCGGAUUCAGUCUUUGAAUACCCUACGAGAACCAAAUUCCAUCCACAGCCAUCGCGAAGACCAAUGGAUUCUGGAAGAGAAUUUCGCCCUGCACUUACAGUUCAUGAAGCGAGAGGUUUACCGCCGGUUUUGGAUGAAAGGAAUCGCUAUGUAUCACCGAACACAUAUGUUUCUGUGUUGGGAAGAGAUGGAGAACUAAGAUCUGCUAUCUGCGAGCGAUCUAGACGUCCACUGUGGAACUGGAUUUCUCGUUUCUAUAUAUGCGGAGAGCGACGGAAUCUCUUGGUUAAAGUUUUUCAUCGAGACAACGAAGGUGACAAGGUUGGUAUAAAUUGUUAUCAUUGGCACAGGUCGACGUUGAAUAGGGUUGGUAAAGCUUCUUGUUAG